AUGAAGUCAUCCCUCUCGGAUGCAAUCUUCCUUCUAUUUGUCAUCACCACACAGUCAAUCUGUUCUACAACCACUAACGCUGCUUCGGCCAGUGAAAAUGUAGUGAAAGAUGCUACCGGGAAAAAGGUCCUGAAUGACGUUCCCUACCAUAUUGGUCCAGUCAUAUCGGCUAUGGGUGGAAGAAUCAAGUUAACUGACACAAUGAACAAUAAGAAAAUUUGCCCAUUUAAUGUGGUGCAGGACCCAGCUGACGUUAACCUCGGUGGCCAGUUCAUGUUCACUCUUAUUGGUAAGCAAAAGUAUCUCCUCACCUCACGCAAUCUUGCCAUUGAUUCCGGGUAUCCCAAGGGUGCUUGUGAGGGGUCGACAUUUUGGACGAUUCCAGAUGCUGAAGCAAAGCCACCUUCUAAUCUGAUUACAACUGGUGGUGGUUUCGAGGAGGCAGUUACAUGCUUUCAGAUUGAGGAGUAUCCUAAGCCAACAAGUCCGAAGGUGCACAGCUACAUGCUUCAACACUGUCCCUCGUUUUGUGGUGCAGGUCCUCAAACAUGCUUUAACGUAAGCAUUUACUUAGACAAGGGGGUUAGGCGUCUUGCUGCCACUGGUGAUACUCCUUUUGAGUUUGUGUUUCAUAAGCUUUCCAAGUAA